UUUUGUUAUACUCAACUUUGGUUUUUUUGAUCAAGGGUGGGAUUAGAAUGAAAAGAGUCUUUGAUAAAGUUUGAUUCUUUGGUAAAGUGAGAACCUUUCGGCUAGACUCUAGACUCUAGAUUACACACAAGUAGGAAACGAAACCUGAGCUUCAACUUUGAGUUCUUUUCACCUGCUUUUUCUAUGACAACAAAAUAAAAUUCUGGUUCUUUGUUGAUUUUGCAAUGGUUUGUGUUGGUUUUGUGACACUGGUCCGUGAGUGUUUGAUGCUUUUUGCUCUUAGACCAUCAUCUGCAGCUUAGACCUCAGUUUUUUAAUGAUUUCUUUUGCAGCUUUAAUUGAUAAUGUAGUUGUGGUUGUUGUUGUAAAGUUUAUGCCUUUGAAAUUUUCUUUGCUAAUGGUUCUUGUUCAUAUCAUAUGACCUACUUUUUUAGCCCCGACACACACAAAGUAGCUGACUUCUUGUCCUAAACCCCUGUGAGGAGAGGAGAGAAGAGGAAGCUCUCGUAGUAUUCCUUUAAUAGCGGAAUCAACAUCAGACGUUGAAGAUCAAGUUUCAGGAAUGAUAAUGGAUGGAGGGAAUAGAGAUCUUGAGGUGGACAAAAUCUUGAGGUCUAAUUGCAGGAUGGUAGCUAAAGCUUCGACUAGGAAAGGAACUGCUCUGAGGAAGCUUGCUAGAUGCUCAAAUGACGAUGGACCUGUGGUUGAGACUUACCAGGAAGCUCUUGCAGAGCAUCAUAACUCAGACACGUUGAAAACACUGGCCGAGGCAGAGCGAGCAAAGAAAGACUUGGAGCAGCAAGAGUAUUUUGAAUCCAGUAUCGGCGUUGAGGAAGAUAAUGAGUUUUUCCCGGAGCACCCUGUGAUGGUUUUCAGACCAUCCCCUGAAGCUAAACUUAGGGAAUUGUUGCAUAAUAUUUGCUUACCUGAGAUUAAGCUUUGCUCUGAUGCUGCAAAAGAAUUUGUUAAGUUACUAAAGGGAGAAACUGGUGGCGAUUUGUUGCGUCUUUAUUUCCAGAGCUCACCCAACUUUGCUGAGCUUCUGGAGGCAUGGAAGCUUCGACAUGGAAAUCAAGGGAUUUCCUAUAUAUUCUCGCUUAUCCAGACAAUUUUGAGUCACCCGGAGGGAAGAUGUAGAUCAACUGAUAUUGGAAGAGCUGUUGACCAGUUUGGCUGUUUACUUAUUGAAGAAAAACUGGAUGAUGUAUACAAAGCAUUAUCGAACAGCAAAGAGCGAAAACAACAGUGUGGAGCACUCUCACUGUUGGCCUCUAUCGUUAGACGUGGUCCACGCAUGGCAUCACAAAUGGCUAGGAAAUUUGAUUUUCAGGGUUUCGCUAAACAUGCAAAGAAAAAACCAAGGCGGGAGUUUGUUGAAUUUGCUAUAUCAUUCCUUCAAGUUGGGAAGCCUACAUUGUUAAAGUCUAUCUUAGAGCAGAAGGAAAUGUAUUCUAAGCUCCUACAAAGCCUUGCGGAUGAUGAUGAAGACACUGUGGCUUCUGUCUUGUCUAUCUUGAAGGACAAGAUCCUUGUUGAAGAUUCAUCGAUUAGUCCUGCGCUAAUGAGUGCUCUCUUUGGACAUAGUACACUAAACCAGCUAGUUAUCAUUUCAGAAAGAGAGGAUGGUGGGAUCGUGAAUGAGUUGGCUUAUGAUGUUCUUGUUAAAGUUUGUACAGACCCCUCUAAUGGAUUGAUGCCAGAUGCAGAGAGAAAAGGAAAUGUAGAACGACUUCUAAUGCUCAUGAAGAGCUUGAAAGCUUCAGAAAUUGGUUAUCACAGGGAUUUGCUUUUAGCCAUUGUUAGGGUUAGACCGUCUUUAGCUUCUGCUUUCUUGGAAGGAUUUCCAUACAAUGUGGAAAAUUUUGCAUCACCUUCCUGGGUUUCUUCUAUUUCCCUGGCAGCAGAUUUGGUAUCGUCAGUAAGAAAUUCAUGUUCUUUUGACUUUCUCAACCCAGUUCAACUUGCUACACCUUCUGGUUUUUCAGAGGUCCAUACUAUCAUGAAAUGCAUAUGCCCCCGACCAGUUAGCCGGUCGUUGAUCACUAGAGGGAUGCUCCAUACUAAUUUACUUGUGAAACAUGGGACUUUGAGAUUUCUCUGGGAGACAUUGAGGCUCUGGGAUUCUUUCAUUACCGCUUUGAAACUUUACUCCUCUCAUAGCUGCUCUGUUGACCAAAUUCAGGCUUCUCUUGAGCAUGAUGUCAUAAGUGAAGUGAUAAGCUUUUUUCCAGAUUUCCAGGUGUUAUUGACCGUACUACAGGAGUCUAUGGGCCAUUCUAGCCUUUCUCAAAAACUGCCUUUGAAGAGAAAAUUUGUGUUGGAUAGUGGAUUAGUAGAUAGAAAAAAGCGCUUUAAGAGAUCUGAGAAGGAUGUUUUGGAAGAAGAGGCUGGUGAUAUUGUCAUUGGUGGGAUAGGUUCUGAUAAAAGUAUCCUUUUAGAAGAGGAUACUGGGGAUGCUCAGAUGAAAGAUCAGGCAGAUGCUGAGAACGAAUAUCUUGGGAUUGUUUCAGAAAUUUGGGCUUCAGAGUUUUUUUCUCCGGAUGAAGCAAAGAUGUUCUUUCACAUAAAGCUCCUGGAUGCCCUCGGGAUUUAUGUGCGUUCUAUGCCUAAUGUGCCUGAUGGGUUGUUUAGUGUCUUCAUGAAAUAUCUGAGCAGUUCUUCAAGUUUGCCAGCUGAAUUGCAGAGAGCUCUGUUGUCUUUACUGAAUGAGUACAUCAGUUGGAGGCCAAAGUCUCAAUCUGAGAGAGUUCCUAGAAAAAUGCCACCACUUAUGUGCAAGCAUUUGGAUUUAUUUAUAAAAUUGUUUCUUUUUUCAGAGCACGACGAGGUGAAAGUUCUAUCAUAUAAUUUAGCACGAGUAUCUAUGAGCCGCACCGGUGCAUUUGACGUAAAUGCAAGUGAAAUUGAGGCAUGGUUCCGGUUUCUACCAAGUGUUGGAAAGAUUAAACAACCUCUUAAAGUUCAGAGCAUAUCAUCAGUUGUCAUCUCCUUUUUAUGUGAUGCUGUUACAACUGUUGGAAAUCAUUUAGUCACGCAAUGGAACAUUGUCAGAAGCUCCUUCUCCCAUUCAAAUGGUGUAUCAAUUGGUUUUAGCCCCCUAGUUGAAUGUAUUCUGCAGAACUGUGUGAAGCUACUAAGUUCUGAAUCUAAAGCACAUUCUUUACCCGAGAAGUCAGCAAUAUCUCUGUACGUCUGCAGCACAUUGAAAUAUCUUUUGCAAACUCAGGUAGAUUCCAGACCACUCUCAUGUUUGGUUCAGUCAGUUUUGUCUGCGGUGGUGGAUGGAUCUAAGGAUUCUUUAUGUGAAUGGUGGCCAUUGAGAGUGUUGCUGAAUUUUACACAAUCUUUGUCAGAUAAUAAACCGUUUAUCUUGCAUUCCGGAAGGACAACUGAUCGACUUGCAGACACUUGUUUUGCUGCGACUCUUGAUGAGACAAAACGACUAAUGAGAAGUAUUUCUCCGGAUGAAGUUGCAGGAGUCGUUAAUGCCUUUUCUUCUGCAUUGAUAUGUGCAACGCCUGAAUCAGUUUUGAAGGAUUUUGCUUCUGUGAUGGUUGUUUCUUGGGAUCUCUACGGGACACCAUUCUCAUUUUUACUGUCCAUACUCUUUUUAGAGGAAAACUUCCUUGGAACCCUUUCAAAGCAAUCACCUGACUUAUUUGUGCGAGGUUUGGAACUUGCUGUAUCAAGGAAUCUCGGUGAAGGAACAGUAGAUAGUAUGAUUGAUUUUGAAUCUUUUGCAUUCUACAUGUUCUUAGAGCAGACUCCUUUUCCAAUUUUACUUAACGAAAUUAUGAGCAUGGAUAUAUCUUCCUUACCAGAGUUUCCAAGAUUAACAGAGCUACUGCUGCUAGAAGUUUCUCAACCUAAAAGUGACAGUAUUGAAUCAGAUAUCCGGUUAAUACUAUUCUGGCUCUUCCAAAUACGAUCAUCGUACAAGGUUCAACCAACUUCGGUACUCUGUCAACAAUCUGAGAUCUGCUUACGUCUCAUUAAGCACAUGUUCUCUCAAGUAUCAGAGCGGGAUCUUGUUUCUACAUCUUCUUCAGAUAACUGGAAGCAUCAAGUGCCUCAGACAGUUCUUUGCCACCCAGUUGUGAUGGCACUGUUGGAGAGUCCCUUGGAUUGUGAAACAUUACCUCGAGCGCAGAAUCCUGAAAUAUUUUCAGAAACGUCACUGACAAUGGGGAGGCUAGUUAUUAGUGAAAUAGAUCAACACAUCGUUGAUCUAUUGGCUUCUACUUGUGAAAACGUUUUGUUAAAUGAGAGACACAUUGUGCAGAAAGGGGACCUCAGGGAAUACAAGUCAGUUAUGGCUUUUAAGGACUUCGUCGAAAGGCUUCUCUUACUAUUCAGUGACAAGUUUGAGCUUUGUGUUGGCUCUCAAAGUUACGCCCCGCUUCUCCAACCAUCAAAACUAAUUCAUGCGUUGUUGAGAUUUAUAUCACCUUUUAAACUUUUAUCUCUUGUCCGUUCCACAAUGAGUAAAAUUGACGAGGAAGAAAUGACUAGCCCAUAUUCGAGUAUGAUUCUCAGUAUGGGAAUGGAUAUUGCUGGUGGAGCUUUGGACAUGCUUACAUUGUAUUCACUCCAGCCGGCUGCUGAGCGAGCUGUAUAUGAUUUGCUGUGGGAACUAGACGAAAAAAAUUAUGACAGUAAAAUCAUUGAGGAAGUCUAUAGCAUGGCAUGCAGGUUCUCUACCUCUUUUGGUUUGGUUUCAGCAGAUAUUUGUUUGCUGAAAGUUGUGGGUGGCAUUUUCAUGGGGAAACAUAAUCAACACUGCAAUGUUCACCCGUUGACGCUGAUAAUGUCACAGAUUGUUGGGAGAACUCCUAUAGCCUUAAUUACCAAUUGCUGUAACCAGCUAAGCAUGACCAAAGCCAAGAUACUUUUCUAUCUUGUAGAGUCUAGUCCCUUACAUCUGUCAAUCUUUGGACACUUUUUCCUUAGUAAUCUAAGUAAGAAACAGGAUGACUCUUCCGCGCUUACAGAUGUUCAGUUUAUCAUGCUUCUGCCUGCUGUGCUAUCAUAUCUAGCAUCAGUUUUUGCAAAACUCGAGAAGCCGCGUAGUAGAUGUUUGGAUAUAACUUCAGUUUAUUCAAAUAUACUAAUCAAAGGUUUUCUUCAGUGGCCAAAGUUUUUAUCGGGGUGCAUCUUUGAAGAGAAGUAUGAAGACAUUCUUCUGUCAACAUCUGAGGAUAUCGAAACUAUGUUCAAUGCGAGUCUUCUUGGGAAGGCAGUACGUAUGUUUCAGUAUCACUUUGCCUUGAUUGAAAGUUCAACUAAAACAGACCUUCUCUUGAAGUUAUUCGGUUCCCUGUUUCCUCACAACAGUGCUGGUAAAGAGAUGUUGGAUGCCCACAUAAAAGAAGUGGACGUUCUGUCAAUAGACCAAAAAUUUAAUGUUGCUAUCCGUAUCAUUGCAAAAGUAGAACUUUCGAGGAUCUGUUUGUUUCCUAAGGAAAGUUCUCCAGAAGUGGGAUCCGACAGAGAGAGUUUAUUACAGCCAUUAAUAAAUGCUUUAGUAAAUAGUUGGGAAUGUGUUGUUAAGAGUUCUGAUGAUUCUUUUAAAGGGAAACAAGAUAAAUGUUGGUUCCUGUGGAAAAGCCUUGAAAACUUCAUUUUGAGAAGUAUUUUAAUGUUUUUGGAAGGCAUGUGUGAGGAGCUUUGUCACUUGGCUUCUCUUCCUUUCCUGGAGAGGCUGAUGAACUCAGUUCUUCGGUAUAGAUUUGAGGACUCGAAGACAUUGAAGAUACUGAGGGAAAUUUUCUCCUUAUUGUCUAGAGGAAAGUACUCGUAUGCACCAUAUCUCCAGCUUUUAGUAUCUCACUCUCAGUUUACACAGACUAUCAGUUCUCUAUCCAUGUCAUCCUCACAUACUGGUGAAGAACUCAGGCCUGUAUCCAGCAUUCUAGAACAUCUUAUCAUUCCAAAUCCAGUUUCUGUCAGAACUGGAUAUUGUUGUCUCGAAGCACCUAACUAUUUGAAGCACUUCGAAAUUCUCAAAAUUCUCAGAGUAUUGCUCUCAAAAUGUGGAAAAGAUUCAGGAAUCCAUUUGAAAGAGCUGCACUUUAUUCUUUUGUGUUCUUAUGGUGCAACCCUGAGCGAAAUCGACUUGGAGAUCUACAAGCUGAUGCAGGAUAUCAAGUUGAUUGUUGGUGAGCACACGCUGAAUGAUUCUGAAGAUUAUUUGUGGGGUAAAGCUGCCUUGAAAAUAAGAGAGGGACUGUGUUUCUCUCCAGAUGCAUCCGAUGGUGGUGCUACUGAUUUAGUGGAAGAUCUCCGGCCAAGUCUUUUCAAAGAGAAUCUUUGUGUUGAUCCCAAAAUAUGUGCUCAAACUGUUUUGUAUUUUCCUUAUGAACGAACUGCAGAGGCAUCAGAUAAUUGUUACCUGUAUGAUGAUCCAAUAAGCGAGAAAUUCUCACCUGGUAUUGAACGAUAUGAUCCGGUUUUCAUCCUGCGAUUCUCGGUUUACUCACUGUCCAUGGGGUACAUUGAACCUGUGGAGUUCGCCAGGUUAGGAUUGCUUGCAGUUGCGUUUGCGAGCAUGUCUUCAGCAGAUCUUGGGAUGAGAAAACUCGGCUAUGAAACUCUAGAGAUAUUUGUGGAUGUCCUUGAGAGUUGUAGGGAGAAUACGCAUGUAACGGUGCUUAGGUUUCUACUGAUGUAUGUGCAAAACGGAGUUAAGGAACAAUGGCAAAGAAUCCCAACUGUUAAUGCUGUUUUUGCCGCUGAGGCAUCUCUGAUAUUGCGAGAUUCUUCUCAAGAACAUUAUGUUCCCAUAAUUAAACUUUUGAAUAGCUCAUCUACACCGAAGCUGAGGGAAAUACCUUUGUUUCAUGAUUUUUUCGGGAGUAGCACUUUUCGCUUUAGAUCACAGAGGCUUUGGGUACUUCGCCUAGUGUGUGUAGGCUUGGAAUCAGAAGACGAUGCUCAAAUUUACUUUAGAAACUCCAUCCUUAAGACAGUGAUGGGUUUUUUCUCAUCUCCUCAUGCUGAUGAUGAAACUAAAGGACUAAUCCUGCAGGUAGUGAGAAAGUCUGUCAAAUUCCAUAAGAUGGCCAGACAUCUAGUUGAAAAAUGCGGUCUGUUGUCAUGGUGCUCAUCAUUUAUCUCGAUGUUUACUUUAAAGCUAACUAGCGAUGAAGGCUCGCGCUUCUUACUUGUCUUGGAGGUCAUAACUGAUGCACUCCACUCCAGAAAUGAGACAGAGUGGUCGCAAAGUUCUGCCUUCGACGGGCUAAUGGAAAUCUCAUCUCGUUUAUACACACUUUUAGGUAGUGGAUUAGUAUCCAUGCAAGAAAAUAGUACUUCAGUUGAUUUGAUUUUGCAGAUACUAUCUGCUACUCUAAAGAUAUCACAGAAACGAAAAAAGUACCAGCCACAUUUCACCAUUACCAUGGAGGGGAUAUUCCAACUCUUUGAGGCUGCUGCUAAUUGCGAUUCUCCUCAACUCGAAGCUAGUGCAGAGCGUAGGCUUGAUACUAUAUUAAUGAGCACUCCGCAAGUUGAGAUUAUAUGCAUGGACGUGGACAGGCUGAGAAGGUUUCUUUUGUGGGGAUCCUCCACAGCCAUGAAGAGUGACCUUAAGAAGGGAUCUAAUCUUAGUGAGUCUCAUCAAGAUACUAAAACACACACUGAAGAGACUAAUGUAGCAAAGUUUCUACGGUGGCUGUUGGCUUCAGUGAUACUUGGGAAGCUUUACGCUGAAGCCAAUGAUUCGGAACAGAUAGUCUUGAGUGAAACAAAGGCAGAAACGUUGCCAACAAAAUUGUUAGAAUACUUCAAGAAAAGGAAUCUCAAAGGCAGCAUGACAAAUUCGGAGCACAUAAUAGGGGAAGUAAUCGUGUAUCUCCAAAAACAUCUUCUGUCUAAGAACUACAGGGUGCUUCUUCCCUCUGUUGUAUUUGCACUUUCUCUCAUGGUUCUUCGCAACGGCCUCCAGGCUACAGGUACCGAGUCAGAAGGUAAACGAUUGGAGCUCAUCAAAUCUUUGUGUUCUAGAAUUAGUAGUCCUCCUGAGGCUACUCCGGUCUGGAGAUGGUCAUAUCAUCAGGCGUGGAAGGAUCAUUCAGAUUCAGCCACAGAUCCGAAAAAGAUUUCUGAACUCUAUGCGUGCCACGAGCUUUUGCUGAUAUUCUCUGAUAUGUUUGGAGCAGAAACGCCACUGUUAUUGCAUGGUGAAAGUUUCAACAUGUCCAGAGUAUUUGAAUGGGAAAGAGGUUUAGUUGAGAACUAGUCAUUGUGUCCUGUAGACAUUUAAAAAAGCUAGACAGAAAUUUUUGUAGAACUAGAGAAGAGUGGAGAAGUGAUGAAGGUGACAAGAGACUGCAACAAAGAGAGAAGAAGAGUCAAGCCUUUGUCGUCGAAAGAAGAAGAAUGAAAAAACGAAAAGGUUUUUGGGCCAUUUUAUGUUAGUCAAGGCCCAAUAUCUAAAUGGGUAUAUCUUGUUUAGUUUAAAAGUAUUGAGGCUAAACACAAUUGUUGAGAAACUAAUUAGGUGAAAAGUAAGAAGUUCAAA